CUGCGCUGAGCCUGCUGCCUGCCAGCCCCAGCGAGCUCCUCUCUGCUGCUGCUGCUGCUGCUGGGCUCUGCCACCGCAGCCACAGGAGGUUUUCCCUCUUUCUACAACCAGGAGCUGAUUCCCAAGAGAAGCUCUGGUUUGGAACUUGGAGAUGACCAAGUAGAGCUAACCAGUCGGACCAGUGGGCCAGGACUGGAGCCCAGCCUCGCUGCAGGGAGGCAGCCGUGUCACCAGGGGACAGGGGACAGGCAGGACGUGCCAGGCUCCAGCACAGACGGGGCUCAGCAGCAGCUCCAGGCCGGGAUAACGAGAGCAGCUCCCGUGGCACAGGACAUGGACCCCCGUACAGGACAAGAGCCCGUCAGGGUCCUCGGGGUUGUCCUGGGCAUCGGGCUGGCCCUGCUGAUCCUGGCCAGCUUUGGCUACACCUUCAUCCGCUGGUACCGGCGGGGACACUGCCAGCGCCGGCCUGACUUUGUCUUCAGCCUCUACCACUCGAGCGGGCUGGGCUCGGUGGCACUGCAGCCGGUGCCACCCUUCAGCAUCAGCGGCUCGCUGGGCACCUCGGGCAGUGCCUACGAGCCCUUCCACAGCCAGAGGCCGUGA